ACAUCAGUUGCAGAACUACCGUUGACAAUUAUCGUCGUCUUCAGUUGACCGUCACCACCAAUCGGAUCAGAUCAAUAAUAACAAUACUAUUGUUGUAGUUAAAUUUACUAUCUGUCAUGAUGAACAAGUUUGUAAUAGUGAUGGCAACAGUUGUGGCUUUGGCUGUUGCUCAGCCAGCUAAAACCGACAGUUGGAAGAGUACAAGCAUGGAUAGUAUCGUCGAGCAAACGAAAUCCGACUGUGCGCGUAAUAAUGACGACAUGGCUUGUAUGAAGUUCAAAGUUCUUAAUUUACUUGACCAAAUUUUCCGCAAAGACAAUUUCAAGGUAUCAGAUGCUAUUGAGGUAACACGCAAUACCCAAUCUGUCGAAGAAACCGCACGCAGUGAAUCAUCAUUCCUUGAAACAGUACAAAAUUAUCUCAUUUCCCACGACGUGACAUUCAAAAUGCCCCUUGACGCUAAGGUAAAAGUGAGCGCGAGGAACAUUGAGGAUGACCAAUUGACUUUUGACGUCAAAUUCGGGCAAGGAAGAGCCGUCGAAGAAGCUAGAAGAUCCAAACUCAAGAAAGUUAUCAUCCCUAUUAUGGUGUUCGUCUUACUGAAGGCGAUGACUCUGAUCCCAUUGGCCAUCGGUGUUCUGGGUCUCAAAGCCUGGAACGCACUUCAGUUGUCGUUCUUCAGCUUCGUCGUGUCUGUGGGACUGGCGAUCUUCCAGCUGUGUAAGAAAAUCGCAGCCGACAGCCACUCGGCUCCAAUUGCCGCUCAUGGACCCUGGGAAUAUCAAGCUCAGUACCGAGGAUUCAACGACCAACCGGCUGAUGAGUCAGCUCAACAUCUAGCAUACGCUGCCUAUGCUCCAGAAUCAUAAAUUUAAAACGAUAUAAUUUUUGUUCUUUACUGAUUAGAUGAUACUGUUGUAUUAUAAUUUUUUAUUUUAAUAUUUAAUAAAUUAUUUAUGUUAUUAUUGA